AUGACCAAGAGUGAUGGUACAACGAAAGCGAAGCGUGAUGCUUCGACUACAGAGGCAGCAUUUGCUGGUGCUGUAUCUGGAGGUAUGACACGAUGUGUGUCUGCACCAUUGGAUUUACUGAAGAUUCGCUUACAAGUACAGCCUAUAUAUACUCUUACAAGUCGUAAUGGAAUGAAAUAUUCUGGUAUGAUGCAAUCUAUACGUAGCGUCUAUGCGGAAGAGGGUUUGCGCAGUUUUUGGCGAGGGAAUUUAGCUGCAACAGGACUUUGGGUGGGCUACUCGGCGCUGCAAUUUUCUACGUACCGGGCACUUACACGCUAUUGGCAAGUGGAAGGAAUAGGAAAAGAACAUUGCAAUUCGUCAGUGUCGAUGGUUGCGAUGAAUGGUGCAGUGGCCGGUGUCACGGCAACUAUUGUUACUUAUCCUUUGGACCUCUUCCGCACGGCAUUUGCCAGUCAGGGAAUACCCAAACGUUUUCCAACGAUGCAUAGCUUGGCAUUGCAUAUGUGGACAACACAAGGCAUUUGUGGUUUCUAUAGUGGCAUGGGUGCUGCGGUCUUUCAGAUUGCACCAUACAUGGGACUGAGUUUUGGUAUCUACUCGACGUUGAAUGAACUAGCGGUGAAACGUCGUAGAAAGCAAAAUGAUACUGUCCAGGGCUUGUGGAUACCACUUUCGACAGCUCUAUCGUACGUUGGAAGUGGAGCUGUGGCUGGAUUUGUGUCGAAAUUAGCGGUAUAUCCGUUGGAUACAAUCAAGAAGCGCAUGCAAAUGCGUCAUGUACCGCGUUGCGAAACGUAUGGUGUUAUCCCGAUGUACUCUUCAAGCUGGACGUGCUUUCUUGACGUGUUGCAUCGAGAAGGAAUCCGAGGGCUUUACAAAGGCACAUUGCCCAGCCUGCUGAAGGCCGUCGUCACCGCAAGUACGACAUUUGUGACAUAUGAGCUUACGCUAGACGCAUUGCAGCACUUUUCAAUUCAUGAAGACAGCCAAAGCGGACAGACGUGA